GCUGGGAAGGCGCCCGCGCGGCGGCCAUUUUGUCUUCUCGGCUCCUCAGCGGAGGAGGUGUUUCGGCCUGAGAGUGAGGCGAGGGGGUUGGCGACCGUGUCGCCAGCGUUUACUGGACGGGGUGCUAGGGCUGGUGGGGACAGCCGCCCGAGAGCAGCACCAUGAUUUCGGCCGCGCAGUUGUUGGAUGAGUUAAUGGGCCGGGACCGAAACCUUGCCCCGGACGAGAAGCGCAGCAACGUGCGGUGGGACCACGAGAGCGUUUGUAAAUAUUAUCUCUGUGGUUUUUGUCCUGCGGAAUUGUUCACAAAUACUCGCUCUGAUCUUGGUCCAUGUGAAAAAAUUCAUGAUGAAAAUCUACGAAAACAGUAUGAGAAGAGUUCUCGUUUUAUGAAAGUUGGCUACGAGAGAGAUUUUUUGCGAUACUUACAGAGCUUACUUGCAGAGGUAGAACGUAGAAUCAGACGAGGCCAUGCUCGUUUGGCAUUAUCUCAAAACCAGCAAUCCUCCGGAGCUGCUGGCCCAACAGGCAAAAAUGAAGAGAAAAUUCAGGUUCUAACAGACAAAAUUGAUGUGCUUCUACAGCAGAUUGAGGAAUUAGGAUCUGAAGGAAAGGUAGAAGAAGCCCAGGGAAUGAUGAAAUUAGUUGAACAGUUAAAAGAAGAGAGAGAAUUACUUAGAUCCACAACCUCGACAAUCGAAAGUUUUGCUGCCCAAGAAAAACAAAUGGAAGUCUGUGAAGUGUGUGGAGCCUUUUUGAUAGUAGGAGAUGCCCAGUCACGGGUAGAUGAUCAUUUGAUGGGAAAACAACACAUGGGCUAUGCCAAAAUUAAAGCUACUGUAGAAGAAUUAAAAGAAAAAUUAAGGAAAAGAACUGAAGAACCUGAUCGAGAUGAGCGUCUAAAAAAGGAGAAACAAGAAAGAGAAGAAAGAGAAAAAGAACGAGAGAGAGAACGAGAAGAAAGGGAAAGGAAAAGACGAAGAGAAGAGGAAGAGAGAGAGAAAGAAAGAGCUCGUGAUAGAGAAAGAAGAAAGAGAAGUCGUUCACGAAGUAGACACUCAAGCCGCACUUCUGACCGCAGAUGCAGCAGAUCUCGGGACCACAAAAGAUCACGAAGUAGGGAAAGAAGGAGAAGCAGAAGUAGAGAUCGACGAAGAAGCAGAAGUCAUGACAGAUCAGAAAGAAAACAUAGAUCUCGAAGUCGGGAUCGAAGAAGGUCAAAAAGCCGGGAUCGAAAGUCAUAUAAGCACAGGAGCAAAAGUCGGGACAGAGAACAAGAUAGAAAAUCCAAGGAGAAAGAAAAGAGGGGAUCUGAUGAUAAAAAAAGUAGUGUGAAGUCCAGUAGUCGAGAAAAACAGAGUGAAGACACAAACACUGAAUCGAAGGAAAGUGCUUCUAAGAAUGAGGUCAAUGGGACCAGUGAAGACAUUAAAUCUGAAGUGCAGCGUAAGUAUGCACAGAUGAAGAUGGAACUAAGCCGAGUAAGAAGACAAACAAAAGCAUCUUCUGAAGGAAAAGACAGUGUAGUCCUGCAAAACAUUUUGAGGUACAUUGUUUUGUCUCAGCUAUUUUGUAGCAGACUCGUGCCCCCAUUAGUGUGCCUCUUUGGAAAAUAUUGCCCACAUUUGUAAUAUAGUCGCCAUUAAAAAGUUAAUUAUCCUUUUUUUUAGGGAUUUUGCUGUCAUUUCUUUUUUUUUUUAAUAAAAAGGUUGAACUGUUUUUUAUUUUUUUAUUUUUGGUAUUAAGUCCAUCUUGUGUUGGUACAUUGGCAGAGACAUAUGCUUUAAAACCUUAACUAUUUCUGAGGCACAUGUUGGACUAUUUUGCUUUAAUUAAAACUGCUAGUAUUUCUUUGUCAAGGAUGUUUCUAGUUUUUUGCUUUAUUGCCUUGCAUUCUAAUGCAGUUUGUUCUGUAACUCGAGAGCCAGUAGCAUUGGAUUGAUGGAAGUGUAGGGUUUAUGAAUUAUUGCAGCUGACUACCAUACCUCACACAGCGUUGGUGUUGUGAGCGGCCCAUGAAAAGCCAAAUUAAAAAUCAAGGAUUCAGUCAAACUAAGCAGGUACUCAUGCCAGGUACUCCUUUCUCUACCCACAUCCAUGUUUGAAUGCUAUUGCCUGUGAUCUUUUACGCUUAACUGUUGUGUAUCUUUUUUGUUCUUUACAAGAAGCACAGAGGGGUUUUUUGUGUAUUGCGUGAAAACUUACAAAUCAAAUGUUAACAGAAUGGAAUUUUUUUUCAACUGUGUGUAGGGAUGCAGUGGUGCCCAGAAUUAGAUAUCUUUAAAGAAUUUUAAAUACAGUAAAUACUUCAUAUUAUUCGACUUGUUACAUUCAAUGCAAUUCUCAAGUCUUUAAGAGGUAUGUGUUUAAUAUUUCCUACUGUGUAGGAGAAUUUGCAGUCAGCCAUAGGAAUAGAGGAAUAGUCACUGGCUGAUAUAUUACAAGCAGCAGUGAAAGGCAGGAAAGACAUUUCCAAUCUGUGACAUGCAAAGCACUGAUAAACUGUCUAGAAUUAAUUUGGGUUUUUUAAAGAGCUGUUAAAAAGCCAGGUGUUGUAAGUGUUCUUAAAACCUCUACACUAUUCAUUCUUUGGGCUAGUGGUGUGGGACAAAAUAUUCCUAAUGAAAGGAAUUGGUAGUGUUCCUUUUCUAGUAAAACAACAUAGGGUUCUAUUCUGUAUGAGCCAUUCUCAUGUAGGAAAGUUUACACAGGCACAUAGCAAUAAGGAUCACACUGAUGUCUUGAUUAUUUAAAAACAAAUACAGACAUUUCAUAUACACAGGUUACUUAUUAGCAGUUAGUGACUGGGCCAACACUUAGUCAUAAAAACAUUGCCUUUUAUAUGCUGUCUAAUUAUCAUUUUUCCCCAACUUUUGCGUUGUAGGACUACUGUUCGAAGAUUUUUUGAAGAAUACUGAAAACAGCAUAAAGUGAAGAUCGACAUUAAAAUGAGGUGAAAGAAAGCUAUAGUUGCAUAGAAAAGUAUAAAAAGCUCAGUUAGUUUGGUUUUGUUUUUUGUUUUUAAUUAAAAAUUAAUUCAGGACUGAUAUGACCUACCAGAUUUCAGAACAUGUGUUAAUAGCAUAUAUACCACUUAGGUCCUGUAUCAUAUUUUCUCUUUAAGACUUUUUAAGAAAUAUUACCUAAACAUAUGGCUCGCUCAGUGUUUAAUUGCAAGUUUUCAUUCUUGGACUUUGAAAACAGGAUUAAACAUUAGUAUUCAUGUGAAUCAGACUAAGUGGGAUUCCAUUUUUUACAACUCUGCUAUACUUAGCCUUUGGAUUUAGAAGUAAAAUAAAGUAUCUCUGACUUUCUGUUA